AUGUCAGAUUUAAAGAAAAAAGCGAACAUUGGACAAGACGAAGAUUUCGAGGCUGUUAAAGAGAAGACGCUCAAAAUUGGUGUUAUUAAGGUUGUGAUAGAUGAUCUCAAAGAAGCGUUUGUAACUUCUUACGUAUGGCCCGCCGUGGCCUGUGGCUUGGUCUACGAGGGAAGAUAUUUUCUAGGCACUUCCAUAGCACGACCGUGCAAUUAGUCCGGGUUGGUCAAAGUCGCAAGAGCUGAGAACGCCAAUAUCAUCGCACACGGAAUAAUCGGAAAAGGGAAUGAUCAAGUUCGCUUCGAAUUGAACUGUUACAGCUUCUGUCCGGAAAUUACGAUUUUAACUCCGUGGAGGGAACCAAAGUUUUACACAAGGUUUCAGGGAAGGUCGGACUUACUAGAAUACGCGCGAAAAAAUAGAAUUCUAAUUUCAGCAACGCGGGAAGAACCGUGGAGCACUGAUGCUAAUCUUGUACAUAUUAGUUAUGAGUCAGGAAUAUUGGAGAAUCCUGUCAUUUCAGCACCGAGAAAUCUCUACAAGAUGAUCAGUGAUCCGGUUGAUUCUGUCUUAGAAGCGGAAGAGAUUGAAAUCAGCUUUAAAAAGAUAUAUCCGAUUAGCGUGAAGAGAACCAAAACGUUAAUUGACACUCCUCUGGAAAUUAUCGAGUAUCUUAACAAAGCCGAUGGCGCAUACGGUAUCGGUAGAAUAGAUAUUAUGGAAAAUCGUUGGAUUGAAGAUACACUAUCAUCAACCUGUGAAGUGUAAACGCAUGAAAAUGAUGGCGAUUGGCAGAUUGAGCGAAGUUUCGCUAUACAACGAGAAUCUAGUCUCGAUGGAUGAAAGAUGAAUUUGAGCUUGCGGACGCUACUGAAUUUGUCUGCACGCAGGCCCUCAGAUUGAAAGAGGACCAUCGAUUCAACGAACUGUCUGAGAAUCAACACAAG